AUGGAUUGCAGCGAAAAAGUUGUACAACAUCAAUUUCAUCAACAACAACAACAACUUCAGCAACAACAUCAACAGUUUAGUCAACAACACCAACAAAGCUAUCAGUAUCAGCCACAAAAUAUUCAACAAUUGCAACACUUACAACAACAAAACCAACAGCAUAAGCAGCAUCAACAUCUAUUAAAACAACAACAACAACAACAGAUAUUAAAUCAAAAUCAAGGUAAGCUUCAACUGCAGACUCCACAUAACACCCAAAAUGUGGGCGAAGUUGGAAACGUGGAUAACAUAUGCAACAUCAACUGCAUGAAAAAAUGCACUAAUCCACAUACCGAUGUUGUCAACAUCAACAACAACAACAACAACAGCGUCGGUUGCAACAUUAACAUCAACUCAAGCUCAUCAAGUCUCGACACUGAUGACGAAACAAAUAUGGCUGCUUCAGCAACACAGCAACAACAACCACAACAACAUGUCUCAACAUUUUUCACAACAAGCAGCAACGACAGCAACCUCGCAACAAAACACAAACCCUUUCCUGCACACCAAGCCGUGUUGGAUGCUUUGUUGAUGAAUCGCAGCAACAAUGUUGAAAAGUCUUGCAACAAGGAGAGCGAUAAAGUUCAGAACAAACGAUGGUCUGAAGAAAUAGUGACCAACAGCAAGCAGUAUUUCGAUGCUGGCAGCAAGUCACAAACACAUUUCAACACAUCCCGCAACAACAAAUUCAACAAAUUUGACGACCGCAACAACAAAACUUUCAACAACCAACAACUCGACCAACAACAAGAAUUUAAAUAUCAACAACUUUUGCAACGCUAUCUUGAUAGGAAAUCAACAAAUUUUGAAAAGCAACAGCAACAACAACAUCUACACCAGCAACAAAAAUCUUCGAAAAAAAUUUUCUCAUACAACCAUAUUAAUAAUGUUAAUGAUAGCAACAUCGUUCCGAAUGAUAGCAAAGCAAUUAAAGCAACACGCCGCAUGUUCAAGAAAUUUGAUGACAACGACGAAUUCAUGAUGUCUCCUGUCUCACCGACUGCAUUCUUAAAUUCAAACAUCUUUUUCAACAACUACAUUAUUGACAACAACAAUAACGUCAACAACAAUAAUAAUAACAACAACAACAACAACAAAGACAACGAGAAAAUGAUCUCGAACGAUAAAACCAGCAAUCACUUUCACUACAGAGCUAACUAUAAUAAACAACAUUCAUCCAACAACGACAACGUCAUCAACACGAACAAAAACAACAACAACAAUAGUAUAAAAAUCAUCAACAGCAAUCACAUUAACAACAACAACAACAGCAACAGCAUAUUAAAAAAAUCCAAAACAACAACAGCAACAACAAUACCACCGCCUCCCCCGCAACUAUCUAUCGAGUCAUCGCCAUGGAAACAUACGAAAACUGGGUCGAACGAGUGUGACGUCACGGGCAAAACUAGGCCAGCUAAGCACGCCGUCGUUCCGGGCGGAAGUAGGUCGUUGACUUCCGGCUUUGUAACGAUUGCUAGGAGCAGUAGACAAAAUGAAUCGGAGGUAUCAAGUUCAAUACUCGCCAUCAAAAGAAUUACCGAUGCCGAAUCGGUACUGAAGAAGUUUAUUAUCAACAACAACAGCAGCAGCAACAACAACACCGACAACAACAUCAAUAACCUCAACUCCAAUAUCAGACUAUCCAUACUUAGUAGCUUGAACAACACGAAUAACAACAUCAGUAACAACGUCAACAACAACAACACAUCACGUGAUCAACAUAUAUACGAUGACGUAAACAUCUACAGCGACAACAUUUUGAAAUCAAAACCGAAACUACCGAACAGCGUAACAUCCCCAACAAAAGAUGCUACAUUCGGACAAGAUAACUUAAAUUUUUUUAAACCACUUAACAAAGACUUAAUCAGCUACAGCACAUCCCUCGAACCCUUGGAUACACUCCAUGACAGCCGUUGCUAUGGACGCAGGAUGAGUUUGUCUACGUCACAAACAAAAACAGGGAUGGGCGAGGUUGAUAGGAAGCAACAACAACAAUUAAAUGAUGGAAAACCAUCGGUCAAAAAAUGGGUGACGCCGACGACGGCGAUUUGUUGCAGCCCACAGCAGCAGCAGCACCGGCGUUCGGAAUCGCUGAGCUACCUCAUGACGAGAUGCCAAUCAAGAGACCUCAACCCAACGGCUACUGUGACUUCAACCGGGAAACUCAUCCCUCUCGUAAUCAUCAUCAUGACAACCGAUGUUAAUGAUAAUGAUGACGACGACGACGAUGAUGAUGAUGAUAACGAAGUUGAUGGUGGCGAUGCUGAUGAUGAUGAUGUCGGGGAGAAAAUAAUUGACCUUGGAAGCAUGUUGAUUGGCGAUAGAACAACGUGGGAAAGUUUGGACGACCUUGUGGUUCAAAAGUUCAAGGAGUAUUGUUUAUCAAGAGAGGCUUACAGGUUGAAGUUGUUGCAUUACACGGUCGGAGAGAUAAGAAGGAAAUUAAAAACUUUGACGGCUCCUGAACUGCUUCCUAUUGGCUAUCUGGUCGGUGACGUCACAAGUCUUGACCUAGUUGUGAGGAGAAGAGUUAGGUUGAAUUUACACGUAGAAGAUUACAUAUGUGAGGACAACAAAGAUUAUAAAGAUGAAACUAAUAACAAUCGUGACGUCAUUAAUGAUGAUGAUGUGAAUAAUAAUACUGCCAAUCAUAACGAUGAUGAUGAUGAUGAUAAGCGCAAGGGCGUGGUCAAAGAUAACUUCCUGGUUUGUGAUUGGCUGAAUGGUUUAUUUGAAUGA